ACAACUGAGUUACGUAUAAAAAUUCACAACAAUGUCGCGUAACUUUAUUAUAAGCAAUGUUUGUCAGUGUUAUCUAAAUAUGGUGUGAUAUAGUUUAUUUAUGCGUGAUAUACACGUAGAAAAGCUAUGGACAACAAAUCUGUUUGCUGUAGCGCUAAAUAUUGUUUACAUAUUACUUGCUGACGUGCCGUUUAUAGAGAAAUGUAAAGCGAAAACGUGUGUGUCGCUCUAACGUUAAUGAAGUGUUUGACAUAUUGCGUGCACUCACGCAGAGGAAAUGUGUUGUCUUUUGGAUUAAACAUUGCCGAAUCAGCAAGAAACAUUUCGAAAUUUACGUCCAGCUGACACAACAAAAUUAUUCAGGAUGGGUUCUAUUGCUAUGGAAGAAUAUGAACUGAUGAAGGACUCAAAGUACAGAGUGUAUGUUUCUGCUGUUGACAAAGCAUUGAAAAACUUUGAAUAUACUAGUGAGUGGGCAGAUCUAAUAUCUGCUCUUGGGAAACUGAAUAAAGUGCUGCUGAAUUAUAUGAAAUUUCCAGUUAUUCCACGCCGUAUAAAAAUCAGUAAGCGUCUUGCACAGUGUAUGCAUCCAGCACUGCCUUCAGGUGUUCAUUUAAAAGCUCUUGAGACUUAUGAUAUAAUAUUCAAAUGUAUGGGAACAAACCGUUUAAGCCAUGAACUGUUCAUUUAUAGUGCUGGCUUGUUUCCACUUCUGGGCCAUGCUGCCAUGAAUGUCCGUCCUUCUCUUCUCACUGUAUAUGAAACACAUUUUGUACCUCUGGGAGAGAGACUUAGACCUGGACUUAGUGGUUUCUUGAGUGGUGUUCUACCAGGCUUAGAAGAAGGUUCUGAUCAUUUUGAAAGAACUACCUCAUUGUUAGAAAAAGUUUGUGAUGGAGUAGGUCCAAACCACUUUUAUGGAUGUCUGUGGGAUUGCAUAGCAGCAAACAGUGGUAUACGCCUCCCUGCUAUAUCCUAUGUUCUGUCACACUUCAACAAGAGGCUUUCUAUGGAAGAUCAGUUAUUCAUCAUGGGGACCAAUGUUGACAUUAUGGUUAGUGCACUAUGUGCAUGUAUGCAAGACACUAGUGUGCUGGUGCAGCGCAGUGCGCUCGACCUGCUGCUUGUGGGAUUUCCCAUGCACAAUAACCAGUUAUUGCGCACUGAUGUGGUACGACUUGUAACGGCCUCUCUUACUACCAUACUUCGUAGAGAUAUGUCACUGAACAGGCGUUUAUUUGCUUGGCUACUAGGAUCAGAAGUAAAUGUAUCUUUGCUGAGUUCAGAACAUCCUCUUGUUAAGAAAUCUCGCAGCAUAGAAUCUACUUCAUCCAAUACCUCACCAUAUUUUGAGAUGUAUUCCAGAGAUCUCUUGAUUCAGGCUAUAAAAAUUACUCUAAGUCAGAGUGCAAGUCAUCCACAAGAUGUUCGUCCUUAUCGCCUUUUGGUUUCUCUCUUGGACAAGCCAGACAUAGGGCCUGAGAUUUUAGAUGAUAUCCUGUAUGAAGUUUUCAGGACACUCUAUUUAGCUUGUGAUGGAGGCAAACUGGCUUCUGCUGCUUCCACAGCUACAUACAAAGGCAGCCAAGAGCUUCUGAAGUCUGCUAAUUUGUUGUUCAGCACACUUGAGCCAUGUUACAUUUGGGUCUACUUGGGUACCCUUUUUGAUAAAGCUUGUGGUGCUCAAGCAACUGUUGAUACAGCAAAGAUCUCACAACCUGUGGAUUUGAAAGUUAACGAUGAAGUGAAAUCUGUUGGUCAAGGACAACCAAAUCUCCUAGAGGUAUGUACACUUGCAGAAUUCCUUCUGGAUGCUGUAUCUCUGGAGGCAUAUAUGGACACCACGAGUGAGCAUUUACCAGGACUCUUUCUUCACAUUAUUUGCAAGUUAACAGAGCAUUGUGAUAAUCUCUCAGCAGAAGAUAUAGCACGUUCUCUCCAACUGUGUGCAAAAAUACUUUCAAAAGUGCAGCCCUCAGUGGUAGCGGUUAGUUCACUAAAUGGGAAAUCAGCAAGUGAUCAGAUAGACACAACCAUUAACCAAGUAUGUAGCCCCAUAGAGCACAGCAAGUCUUUACCAGAUAUUACUGAUAAAAGCAAAAAAUCAAGAUCCAGUGGUAAGGGUUCAAACAAAAACAAGAAAUCAAAGUUUCGCUUGAAACAGUCUGGUGAGAAAAAUGAAGUCAUUGAUGAAAUUAGUCCUGUUGUAGUAACAGUGAGUUCCAAUUCUCAAGAAAAUUUAUGUGAAGAAAGGACAGUCGAUGAAUCUGCUGCUGAAGUUACAGCCAAUGGACAUCUGAACAUUAGUAUUAGUAGUUCAGGAAAACUCAGUCCCAAUCUGUCUUACGGAAGUGCAGCGCAGCUAACAGAUACUGAAACUAGUUUGAUGGGAAGUGAAGCUGAUAUAACUAGUCAGUCAGUUUCAGAAGAGUCGUGUGAACCUCCUUUAUUGCCUUCAAAACAGCAGUCAUUGCUUGAAGAGUGCUUAAAACAGUAUAAAAUAUUCUAUGUGAAGUUUAUGUGUAAUAAACGGUUAAUGGGCUGUGAUGUGGAUUCUCUCUUCAAACAACUUAUUAUUCAUCCACAAGAAACAGAUGAUGAAAGGACUGAAAAGCUUAUAUGUAUUUUGAAUAGGUGUUUGGAAAGCAAUGAUCACAGUUGUCAGUUCUGCGAAGAAAUUACAGAGCUGGAAAAACAUAACUAUUCUACUCUAUCAGGAAAAAAUGACAAUAGAAGGAAAAUAUACUUUUGCAAGUCUAAUGCCCAAGAGUGGGAAUCACCUGUAAAAGUAUCAUGCAAUCUCUUGGUGGAACUGUCCACAUUUCCCACUUACUGUCUUCCAGAAACACCGAUAGACGAGCCAACAGGAUUAGCAAACUUUCCCAAAUGGCUACAAGUUCUAGUGGUUUGUGCAUGCUAUCUUGCGGAUGCCCCAGCAUUGCAGCUAACAGCCAUUGCCACUCUGCUUGAGCUAAUGUCGCUGUUGCGAUCACAGACUCACAGAGAUGAAGUGACAGAUCAUUUGGACCACCAGGGUGUUGUUUCUGUUGUCAUGAAACCUCUUUUGAGGCAAUGGGAUGUGACAUUUCUUGAACAUCACACAAUUACAGUCCAGAUUGUGGCAAAGGCACUUUGGGAUCAACUUGGUCAGCUGGAGCCUGAUGGUCAGGUGCACUGUGUGGAGCUCCUGCAUCAACUGCACAACCUACUUCCCGGUUCACGAGUUGUUGAAGAUGUUGUGGGUGAAUCUCUUUGUGGACCAAUCAGUUUUGACCAGUCUGAUUACUGCUCCAGCACAUUUGAGAAAUUUUCACUGCUCUGGCAUGUAGGGAGAGAAGUUGAAGCCAAGGGUGCAGGCUGCCACCCAGUCAGAUCAUUUGACAGGUGUCUACUGAAAAUGCUAGACCAGUUACAGCAAAGUGAGAGUUGCCCAUUGCGGCUACAGGCCCAGACUUGGCUACUUCAUUCGUUGGUUCGUGGUGAUGUUGCUCGCUUAAUAGAUCCUCUUCUGCUGAUGCUAUUGGAUCCAGCCACAGCUCGUGUUAGUGUACUGCAUGUCAGUGUCAAAGAGCGUGACCGUCCACAGAACCUGUCGUCUACUGAUGUGCCUCGAGUUUAUGCCAUAAGCUCCAUUGAUGGCCACAUUAUCUAUCAUGUGUCAAGUACUUCUGCUCCCAGACAUGGUGAUGCUUUUGCAAGAAGAGUUUAUACAAUGACAACACUGGCAGCUGGUGGUAAUGGAAAAUGCCACAUCACAGACAAAGAUUCUUGUAUGAAACUUCCAGAUGUGUUGCAAGCACCUUCUCCUUCCAGCUGUCGAAAUAUAUCGUUAUUUGUGAAUCCGUUUGCUGCAUCUGCUAGCAGCAAUACAAACUCAAAUGAUUCUGCUACUGAGGAAGACUCUACUGCUACUUCACACAGUAAAACACCUGAGGCAUCGAGUUACCCUGGUGAAUUGCCUAGGUUUGGUCGCUCUUGGAAGUUAAGAAGUGGUCGGGGGAGAAAUAAAUUGGCUGCUUUUGGCAAUGCUUCAACAAUUGCAAUUCACAAAAAGAGCAAGAGUGCUGAAUUUCUACAGUCUGACAUACUGCCCAAUGGAACUUACAGGAAACUUGGCAGUGGGAGCCAAACUAGUCUCAGUUGUGGAGACGAAGAAGAAAAUUCUUCUGACAGUAAUUUAUCAGAAAGUUGUGAGGAUAGCACUGGUGUUGUUAGAAGAUGGUCACUUGGAGAGGAUGUACUAGCCGACUUUGAUGAUUCAGUUGCCGAAAAUAGCUGUCUUGAAAUGGGGAAGGAAGUAACAACCAGCAAGGAGAUAGUUGAACAAAUAUUGUAUGAGGUAUUGGAUAAAGUUGUCAGCAGUUUUGAAGAAAAAGAUCAGGAUUCAGAAGAAAAGCAGAGUCUUGCCAGCAAAGUUCCAAGCACUACUUUGCGAGUUCAUCAGUUACAUUCUCAUAUGCUCUUAUAUUGUGCUGUUUAUGACUCAAAUCGGACAUUAUAUGCACUGAGUACAUUGAGGAACAUACUAUUGACCAACUCCAGGAUGUUUCUGUGUGCAACUGCGACAACAGGGCUAGCAAAUGUUGCACGUGGAUCUGGACUGAUGAUGUUGUUAGCAAGACACCGUAAAUCUGUAUUUGGAAGAAAUUUUCAUGGAGAAAUACCAUCUGGUGGUGGAGAAUUUGGUGCUGCAUAUAGAAGCAGCAUGUAUUUGGAAGUUCUGCUGCUGGUUUGCCUUUAUUUUGCAAGAAGCUACUAUCCCAAUUUAGGAGAAAUGCGACUGACACAGGAGGAGAUAUCUGGAAAUCGCAAGGUCCAGCUAGCAAGUACUGAACUGCUUACGAUCAUCUGCUAUGAAUUGAUUUUGAUUGUAAGAGACAGUGGCAGAGGUUUUGCUAGCUACAUAGCAGAUUUGAUGGCCCGAUGUAAAGUUCAGAAAAUUGCGUUACACUGUAUAUUGUCAAGCGUGCACAGCAUGAAAGUCCAUGACGUCAGUAAAGAAGACAGCCCUCUUAAGGUUAAUGACAACCCUUUACAAAGAACACUAACAGAAGAAAUUAUGCAUUUCAAUGACCCUGAUUCAGAAUAUGCGGAAAGUAGCAGCAGAUGUAAAUUUCGUUGUUCUGAACAUUCAGAGGGAUUUCAGGUGCAACUUUUGAGACUACUUCUUGCUUUAGUAAUGCUUGAACACCAAGUUAAUGCUCAGAAGAGUGAUAGUGAGUCUGCAACUGUUACAAACAGAGAAAGCACAUCUUCUGUGAAGAGCACUUCAUCUUCGAAUCAGUUAAAAUACCAUCCAGGACUUGACAUACCUCAACAGUCAAUGUUCUUAGCUUCUGUUUUGACUGCAUUAAGACAGAGGCAUAUGCGCCAUCUGCAUCAUCAGUGGACCAAUCUCAUAGCUUCUGCUCUCCCAUUUAUGGGGUCAUCUCUGACUGAAGUAGUUAUGAGUGUCAUCAAUCAGUUAUGCAGCAACAUAGAAAACCUGUCUCAGCAUUAUGGCUCAGAAGACAAUAGAGAGGACUUGUGUUGCCUACCUGCAGACUACGCAGUUACUCAACUGGAAGCACUGACACUGUUGUGCCACUACUGUUUGUUGGACAGCACACAGCAGCAAUCGCACGCUUUCAGUCAGCAGAUGCUUGGUGCAGUUACGUCUUUAAAUGUUGGUCUGCCUGGUGCCAACCCAGGGCAGGUUUUCAGCAACCUUGUGCACGUAUUCAUGCCUGUCCCUGCACAGCAGGACAAUACUCAUGGGAAGGAUAAACCUACAGUUGUGGAUCCACAUAUUUCAGCCAGGCGCAAAGUUCUGAGUAACAUGCCACGUAUUUUUGCGAGUGUAGCAGCUCUGUGGCAAGCAAUUAUGACUGGACAAGACUGGGAGCAGAAGUCUUGUGUGCUGGGCAGUCCUAGAAUUGUCAAGCAUCAGUUACUGGAAUUUCUCAGUCCUAUUUCUCUCCACCAUGGCAUAAACUUCAUAGCAGCUAUUGCCAUUGCAUGGCAGGAACGUAAACAAACUGGCCCUCAGACUGGACGAAAGGCUGUUCCAGUGGCAACACAAAGCCAGCAAGUGCUGGUGUAUCUAAUAUCAGCGAUACGUGUUAUGCCUAUGGAUACAUUGGUGCAGACUGUACACCAGGUAGUGAAGCAGCCCCCGCCCAUUGAAGGAUUUAAGAAGGAGGCUUGUAUAGAAGUUAGUGUUCUGGAGUUGUUUUACUGCUAUAUGCAAACAACUUCUGGUUCUCAACUCACUGAGAGCUGGAGUUCUUUAAUAGGACUUCUGCGUGAUGGCUUGACACUCUCACCACCAGCUCAGUUCUUGAUGCUAGCUAUACUGAACGAGUUUGUGCAGAAGACACCUCCACUUUCAGAGAAAAAAGAGCUUAGGGAUUUGCAAGACAUCACAGCAAAGCUUAUAGAGUCAUGUGCUCAGAUAGCAGGAGCUUGUCUGGAGCAAACAACUUGGCUACGUCGCAACAUGGCUGUCAAAGAAGAGGAGCUGGAAAGUAUGCCUGAUGGAAAGGAAAAGGAUUCCUCUGUAUCAACAUCAGCAGCACAGUACAGUAUUCAGGCACAGGCUGUGCUUGCAGAAUUAUUGGCUCCUCUUCUUGAUGUCAGCUAUGGCAGCCAAGAAAAAGAGAGAGUGGUUACGCUUCUUACAACUGUUAUGUAUAACAUAACACCGUAUCUCAAAAACCACUCGCGCCGGAAUGUUCCGAGUUUCUUCACAUGCUCUCAACUUUUGGCAAGUCUGAGUGGUUAUCAGUAUACUCGGAAGGCAUGGCGGAAGGAUGUGUUUGAGUUGCUUCUAGACCCCAACCUAUUUCAGAUGGAAGCUAAAUGCCUUCCUUUCUGGAGAACUGUUGUGGACAACCUUAUGACUCAUGAUACUACAACUUUCCGUGACCUCAUGGGGAGAGUAUCACUGGCCCAGAGUGGAUCUCUGAGCAUUUUUUCCAGCCGUGAGCAAGAGUAUGAGCAAAGAGCUCAGCUCCUGAAACGUCUUGCAUUUGUGAUUCUCUGCAGUGAAACAGAUCAGUACCACAAGUAUAUGCCUGAAAUUCAAGAACGGCUUGCUGAAAGCCUGCGGUUGCCACAAGUGGUUCCAUCAGUCCAGGCACAAGUGUUUCUAUGCUUCCGAGUGCUGUUGCUGCGAAUGUCACCGCAACAUGUAACGUCAUUGUGGCCAGUGAUUGUCAGUGAACUAGUCCAAGUGUUCCUGCACAUUGAACAGGAGCUUAGUACUGACACUGAGCAAUUCAGCUCACACAUCCGUCUGCUGUCUGCCCUUGACUCAUCUUGGGUUGUAAACAGUAACAACGGCCUACACGCUCAUGGUCAUCCACAUUGGCGCCAACUGCAGCUGAGUGCUGCUAAGCUUUUGGACCUCGCUCUUUUGUUGCCUGCACACCACUUGCCUCAGUUUCAGAUGUAUCGUUGGGCGUUUGUGGGUAGUUCUGAGCUGUCAGAUGUGGAUAAUCAAGGACUAGGUGAAACAGCUCGUCCGCAUGAUUUUGUUCCUCACAUCAAACGGAUAGCUCAUUUAAUGGAUAUAAAGUUUCAGACAUCAGUGGAACCAAUGACACGCCAGCCUGGGCAGUUGCUUCUCACAACCAGCACCAUUGAUACACUUCAAGAUUUGCAUCCAUUUUUCACAACACUAAGUCAGCAUCGUACUCAGCCUCCAGUUACAUCAAUCAGUCAGCUUGAAAGUGCCAUAGAAUUAGACUUCUUGGAAAAAUUACCUCCUAGAUAAAUCCAUUAGCAUGUGCUACAAUUGGUAUCGAGAAUUGCAUGCUCUGUGUUGUGAAUUCCUGAAUUCCUCUUCUGGUUUUGGGUUUGUAAAUUUGUGACUAUACAAGUAAAAUUUCAUUUCUGCCAUCAUCAGGGAAUGUCAGGUAGAACAGAGAAUAGGGAUCUUAUAGCGUACGGUUAAAAACAAUUUUGAGGCACUCAGUUAUACAGUGUAAUUUUUUUUUGAAUUUAUACAUUAUUUAUGUGACUGUUCUCUUACACACCUUUCAUGUCAGUGACUGGCAGUCUCAGAGGAUACAUGCAGCAAAAUAAUUUGGUACUAUACCUGAAUUUACUGCUACACAGCAGCCUUUUUUUUCUCUCUCUCUCUCUUGAUCUGGCACAGUUAUAUGGGCCAGUUGCUUGUCUCUUAACGUGGUUCUAGUUUAGUAAGAGCCUAAUAGUAGAAUAGGCACAGUGUAUUCUUACCUUUCGUAUUUUCUUAGCAACUUAGUAAAUGUGAACGUACCAUAACACAAAUAAUAGUUUAAGUGCAGGGAAAAUAUGGGCAUGUGUUAACUUAAAAACUGAGAAAUGUUACCUGUUUGUUUAGUUACUACAUUCACAAGUCCUUUUUGUUGUAUCGGAUGUUGAAGAUGAUGACAAGCCUAUUUUUUUGUACAAAAAAUGAUUAUGAUUGUCUGAUCUAUUAAAUGGAAGUGCAUAGUCCCCCCCCCCCCUCCGCCACACACACACACACACACACACACACACACACACACACAGUAUUCUACAAUUUCCAGCAAAAUAAUGUUCAGGCAUAUCAAGAAGUCAAGCACAAUACUUUAGUAUUUCUAACUUCAGAGUUACAUAAGAACGUAUGGCAGAUUUCAUCUUAUAUUUGUCUGAAGUAUUUGUUGUCCAGAGUAUCUCAAUAAGAGACGCUACUUGGAAAUUGAUGCUACAUACUGCACUUGGUACAGAGGUAGCUGGUUUAACAACACUGCAUUACUAAGUCAUUCUAUUGUGAAUUGUGGUUUACUAGACUCUUAACGCACAUAAUAUAAAUAACUUGAUUCAGGUACAGGAGACACGUCAAAAUUGCAGUAAAAUUUCACUAUAAACAUAGAAACAGUUGGUGUUAACAAAAGGAUACUAAUACACAUUUGUUCUGUAUACAUAGAAUGUUUUUUGCUGAACACUGCUUGGAAAUCUCCUGAUCUUCAAAGGUGAUUUGGGAGGGGUGUAUACUGCUUUAGGAAUUUGAUGUCUGGGCUCUGACUUUAAAAUCCUAUACGGCCAGUCUUUAAUGUCCUUCAGUAAUUAUUGCUGAUAGACUCAUUCUUUGUAUGCAUUACCUAAUUAUUUAAUCGUAUGUGAACAAAAACAAACCUGUAGUUUCCUUGACUGAUUUUGAGAGUCUUUACCCAUUCUUCACUUACUGGUUUUCACAACAGUCAUUACCUUACACUACUUUGAGCAAUGUUAUUUUCCAGAUCUGUCUGAUCCUUGGUGUUACAAUGUCAGUUAUUUUGUUUUGCCAUUUUCCUGUAUUCUAACUGCCUUGUAUUGUGCUGUCACACAGUUGAGUAUAUGUAUUUUUCACUGUUUGUUAUGUAGUGUAUAUGGUUGUAUUAUGGUGCUUACAUGGAUAGUAUCUUGUACUGAUACUAAUAAUUAAAACAAACAAACAAAAAAAAAAAAAGAAAUCUGGUUUAGCGUGCAUAAUUUAUCUGUUGCUGUGAUGGACUGAAAUACACAAUACAUUGAAUCGAGCACUGUUGCUAAUGUAAUUUAACUGUAAUAUAUAAAAAUCAAACACCAUUUUGUAAACAAGAAUUUGGAAAGGCAGCUUGUAUCUGAUUUGUGUGUAGCACAUAGAAAUUCGAAACAACACAGUCUAUACUAGUUUCUGAUCCAGACCUCCUUUAAUUCAAAGCUAUAAAUCUCUGAGCUGGUACAUGUUGUUAUGCAUGAUACAUCAAUCGGCUACAAGUGGGUGAUUGUCUUUGCUAAUUUUUGUUUGUUUACAUCCUGUUAUGAAUGAGUACUCUCACGAGCCUGUACCAAAGCUUAAAUUUCUGUUAUUAGUGAUAGUAAUUUCAUUUUUUUUGUUCUUUGUUGUCAGCGUAUUUUCAUGUUCAAUCGUACUGACUGGAAUUUGUGUACAGUUUAUUGCAUAAAAGACUGAUUCCAUUAAAACACUUAAAGAAAAAGAGAGAUGUGAACAGAAAAUAUUUUGUAUCUACUUGUAAAUUUGUAAUGUCUGUAAAAGAGUAUAAAAUUUAUUGUUACUGUUAUGUCCAGAGUAUAUAUACAUUUCAGUGUAGGGCUAGUGAUAUUUUACUUUUUGUUCUGGAAUACAUUCACUUUAUCUGUUGUUCAAUUCACUCAUGGUCAAAAUUAAAGGGACCAUAUAUAUUGUGCACCUGGAGCCAAAUGUAGAAACGAGUAUGAAUGACAAUGGAAUUUCCAUUGAAUAUAUAUAUAUAUAUAUAUAUAUAUAUAUAUGUGACGAUAAUAGAGUAAUGACCAUAUAAAUUGUAAUUACUGUGUGUCUAUGAAACUAAGUUUUUUUGACUUUCAUCUGAGGAAAAAGAAAUGGUAUAUU